AUGUCUGCUCCCGCCCACAAGUUCAAGGUCGCCGACAUUUCUCUUGCGGCCUUCGGUCGCCGUGAGAUUGAACUCGCCGAGAAUGAGAUGCCUGGUCUCAUGGCCACACGGGCGAAAUACAAGGCGGAUCAGCCCUUGAAGGGUGCUCGCAUUGCUGGUUGCUUGCACAUGACCAUUCAGACCGCCGUCCUCAUCGAGACCCUGAAAGAACUCGGUGCUGAGCUUACCUGGACCAGCUGCAACAUCUUCUCCACCCAGGACCACGCUGCCGCCGCCAUUGCCGCUGCCGGUGUGCCCGUCUUCGCCUGGAAGGGCGAGACCGAGGAGGAGUACGAGUGGUGCUUGGAGCAGCAGCUCACCGCCUUCAAGGAUGGCAAGACGUUGAACUUGAUCCUCGACGACGGCGGUGACCUUACUGCCCUGGUCCACAAGAAGUACCCGGAGAUGCUCAAGGGCUGCUAUGGUGUGUCCGAGGAGACCACCACUGGUGUCCACCACCUCUACCGCAUGUUGAAGCAGACGGAUGGUACCAAGAAGCUUCUUGUCCCUGCCAUCAACGUCAACGACUCCGUCACCAAGUCCAAGUUCGACAACCUGUACGGCUGCCGCGAGUCCCUCAUCGAUGGUAUCAAGCGUGCCACCGAUGUCAUGAUUGCCGGCAAGGUCGCCGUCGUCGCUGGUUUCGGUGAUGUUGGCAAGGGCUGCGCUCAGGCUCUUCACAGCAUGGGUGCCCGCGUCAUCGUCACCGAGAUUGAUCCCAUCAAUGCUCUCCAGGCCGCCGUUUCUGGCUACCAGGUCACAACCAUGGAGGAGGCUGCUCCCCAGGGUCAGAUCUUCGUCACCACCACUGGCUGCCGUGACAUUCUCGUUGGCAAGCACUUCGAGGUUAUGCCCAACGAUGCCAUUGUUUGCAACAUCGGCCACUUCGAUAUCGAGAUCGACGUUGCCUGGCUGAAGGCCAAUGCCGUGUCCGUCCAGAACAUCAAGCCCCAGGUCGAUCGCUUCCUCAUGCCCAACGGCCGUCACAUCAUCCUCCUCGCCGAGGGCCGUCUCGUCAACUUGGGCUGUGCCACCGGCCACUCCUCCUUCGUCAUGUCCUGCUCCUUCACCAACCAGGUCCUUGCCCAGAUCAUGCUGUACAAGGCCGGUGACGAGGAGUUCGGCAAGAAGUACGUCGAGUUCGGCAAGACCGGCAAGCUCGACGUCGGUGUCUACGUCCUCCCCAAGAUCCUUGACGAGCAGGUUGCCUACCUGCACCUCGCCCACGUCAACGCCAAGCUCUCCAAGCUCACCGACGCCCAGGCCGAGUACCUGGGUCUGCCCAAGGAGGGUCCUUACAAGAGCGACAUCUACCGCUACUAG